AUGGAUGUCCGGUGUUUAUGGGGUACAGCUGUUGUGUCUGGUCGUUCCGUUCCUAUAGCACUUCUGCUGUUAAAUCCGGUUUGGCAGUAUCAGCAAGUGCCUCAAAAAAUCGGUGGUUGCAUCCGUUCAGUAUAUUUUGCAACGGAAGAUAUUGCUCGGCGAUUCGUCUUUUUUCCAAUUUAUUCGGUGUACAGGGUGUUUGACUACGUUUUGAUGCUACGAUGGUUGCCCGUACUCGUGGGAAAAUUGAGCAGCGUUUUGCUGAGGAUACGAGCAGCAAUAAACAGUGCUUACGUCUCACUGCUUACCACACUACGCGACGCAAGAGAUGCUGGCCUGAACUCUGUGCUUUGUGCUGUACUCGCCAUCAAAACACUUAUUCGACGCAUCGUUAUUGGGAUGAGAAAUGCACCGAUUGUGGAUUCCUACCAGGCAACCAUCAGUUUUUUACGUUAUUGGUUAGGCGCCCAGUGGUGGCCGAGCCUCAAAUCUUGGAUUAUUUUGAAUAUUGGCCGUCGAUUACAACGUCUUUUCAAUUAUUUCUGCUUCGGUCUAGUUUAUAUUUUCUGUGGCUAUUGGGUCGAGCCGGUCUCUGCUUUCCUCAGUCGAAAUUUGCAGCGCUUCUAUGGCUAUUUCAAACGGACUGUCCUCAUUCCCCUGAAGAUGCAAGUUUCUCCCUACAUUUUACCUUUUUUUCAAAAAAUUGAAAAAUAUUAUCGUUCAGGUAUUCGAAUUUCCGCCCUUUAUUCUCAAGCUCUUAUUAAAAAAUUUUGUGCAGCUUUAACGAGAAAAGUGUUCGUUCGGCUAUACAGUUAUUUGGCAUUAAAUUUUAAAUGA